AUGGCCGCUUCAGGUGCGUGGAGCCUGCAGCUCCUGACAGUCCUUGCCAUCCUGUUACAGGUGCGGGCUGAUGUUGCCUUUGUGUCAGUCCCUGGGGCAGCCGUCCAGAAGAAGGAAGUACGCUCUGUGCGGCAACUAGCAGAUUUCCAAGCUUCGGCGGGCACAGGGUGGUCUGGCAGCGCUUGCGCCACGCUUGCCUCUGCCGGCAUUGCCGUGACUCUGGCCCUGUGGCGUCGAUCCAAUCGUGACGCGUCUCUAGUCACAGCCGGAUAUGCCCCGGCCAAGAAUAGGUUCGAGCGUAAGUGGUGGUACGUUGAGGAAACGCGGGACCCCACGACUCUGCCGGUCUGGCAGCGUGACUACCGUUUCGGUUUCCAGGUGCUCAGACGAAGCAUGGUUGAGGCGCGCAAGAAAGGUGAGAAAAUCUUCUGGGACGUGCGCGUUCUGCAUGUUGAGGAGAAAGGUUGCAGGGUUGAGAUGCUCAACUCUGGUCUCCUUGGCUGGAUGCCACGAGGCCAAGAAGGCCAAGCUUCCUUCGAGGACCGACCCAACGUGGGGGACGAAUUGAAGGUGGAAUGCCUGGCCUGCCCGAUGCAGCGCGUGAACAAAGAGCAGAAGUACAGCCCUUGGCCAAACCUCUACCGACGCCCCCACAAGGCGCAGCCUAUCUUCUCCCACUACAUGUGGCUGGAGAAGCAGAGGGCCAUUGCCAAAGCCCAGGAGCUCGAGGCUGGUAUGAUCAUCGAUGCCGUCGUCCACGCGCACUGCCCAAAAGGGCUGGUCAUGACGCUUGAUGGUCCAGAAAAGCCAAAGGGAAUGCUGGACAUGGUGGACAUCUCUCGCAAGAAAUCCGCGCACAAGUGGGUUGACAAGAUGUUCCCCAUUGGCACGAAGAUGAAAUGCUACGUUGUCCACGCUGACAAGAGGAGUGGUCGCAUCACCCUGUCGACGAAAGAGUUCGAAGAUGACUAUCACGUGGGAUGGAUGCUGAGUUUCCCAGAGCGAUGCUUCGAAAUGGCUGAGGAGGCUGUACAGAGGUAUCACCGCAAGAGGAGCGCCUACAUUGCGUGGCUGCAGCGGUGA